UCCACAUUUUAUCUCAGUAAACACUAGAUGAAUAUAUUUUUCCAUCCCUGUUGGUCUUUUUUAAAUUUUAUUUUUAUGAAACUUAACUCACAGAAACCAGAAACAUGCCACAGUAAAUAUUUAAUCAGUUUAAGGUGAUGAUGUAGGUGGUGAUGUAUCAUAAACUAUGACAUUGUCUCUAUUAAGCCCAUGACAAUUAAGCAGAAUGCCUUUCACACUAGUUCAGCUGUGAGAGAAGUCAUGAAGGAAGAAGUUGACAGUGCUGUGCAGAGCUGGUAUUUCAUAUUGUACCUGUAAUGAACACCACAUCCUCUAGUGGGCGAUAGCAGGGAUUUACUCUGUUGCUUCAACAUAUAAAAACAGUCAAAAACAAUUUAUUCCUCAAUAUGGAGCACAUGUAUUCUCAAAAGUGUUUCAACAUAUUUGAUGUCCUUAUGCAGUCCUGACAACAGACAACAGUGGAGAGGAUGUUUUGGCACCACUUUCUAAUAAGGCAUCCUCUAUAAGUGGAUCAUAAGCUGUAACUAAUGGCUUUGUUAAUAGUCAAUAAAUAUAGAUCAUUUAUUAGCCAUUAAUAAGAACAACCCUUGGUUUGCUAGGUUUGUGAGUGAUCCCUAUGACUGGUUUUUCCUCCUUCAGCAUUAUACGUGCUUUGAAUUUCUUACUCUUUAGUUUGUCAGACAGAUGCCUCUGUUGGCCGGUUUGACCUCUGACUUUGAGGAAAAUGGUUGCAGCGCAUCUGGAGAAAACACAUUCACAAAAAACUCAAUAACAUUUACAUCUGUAGACUUUAAUCAUUUAAGAUCUCUUUAUUAAUGACUUGUUGACCUUUCUGAUUAGAGACUACUUACAAACUUUUGCUGUUAGCUCGAGAGAAAGUGAGAAACACUUUAACAUUUAUUAAUGACUUCUAUCUGUAGAUUUGAAUGUAGUUAUAUUUUAUUAUCAACUUUAAUAACCACAGAUUUAGAGAUUUUUCACAUUCCUAUUAAUUAAGUAAGAAAUUGUAUAUAAAAUAACCAGUUACUAGAGCUUAUAAAGCCUUUGUAAAGCUAGAGUUGUUAGAAAUUGAUACCAGAUUUAUUUCUGAUUGCAUUACCUCUUUUGUUGAAGAAUAACCCUAUAAAUGAUCCAUUCGCUUCCUGCAGACAAUCCGACGUCCCAAAACCUAGAGUGAGCUGUCAAAGUUAAGGGUGUGACAGAGUGCCAAAGAAAAGUACAAAGGAAUGAUAGUGCAGAAGGAAUAACAGAAACUUCUGUGGAAAGUGGAGGGAGAGGCUGGAAAAACCUGUCAUCACUGCAUCACUGCAGAUAAAAACACAGAUCUGUCCUCCAUCUGGAUGCCAAUACACCAGGCCAGGACAGGACACACUGAGACAGAGUCCAAACCUCUGUAACAAACAGAGGUUUAAACAUUUUGUUCUUCUGUACUGUAAGUAUAAUAGGUAUUAACUUGUACUUAGGUGGAUUCCCCAUGUUGUGUGGUGUCUCAGUGCAGUAGAGUAUGACUUACUGUUUGGUUGCGAUUAGACUCACCGAGCACUUUAUUAAGAACACCUGUAUACAUGCUCCUUGAUGCAGUUAUCCAAUCAACCAGUCAUGUAGCAGCAGUGCAGUUCAGUUAAUGUUCACAUCAAACAUCAGAAUGGGGGAAAAAACCAUGGCAUGAUUGUUGGUGUCAGACAGGCUGGCUUGAGUAUUUCUGAAACUGGGAUUUUCAUACACAACAGUUUCUAGAGUUCACUCAGAAUAGUGCCAAAAACAAAACACAUCCAGUCAGCAGCAGUUCUGGGGACAAAAGAAACUGUUGAUUACAAAACGCAGUUUUCCUGUUUAAAACACCACAUUUGUGUUUAGAAAGAAAUUGAGUGUGGAUGGAAGCACACAUAUGGUAUGUUGUUCAUUUCCUGUAGAGGAGGUGGCACAAUAUUCAUAUUUUUUAGGUAAUUGGAGGACAAUUUAAUUUAACAUUGGGGAUUAUCAAUCAAUGAACUCAAUUACUUGGCUGAAAAAAGUGCCAAAUUUCCAUACUGAUUUUUUCCAGUUCUAUUUUCUUUUUCUCCUGUAUUUUUAAAUAAGUUCAUUGUUCAGUACACAGUUUUGUAAGACUGUUUCUGAUAUUAGAUAUUUACUACAUGGAAUGCUUUGUAGUUUGGGAUUGGUUAUUUCAAAAAGCUUUUGGGAUUGGAACCUUCAAUUGGAUUAAGCCCUGGUUACCAUGGAAAUCAUUACUGCAUCUAUCAAACCUUUCUUUCUCCAACCUACAUGAAGACGCCUUUUAACCUGCACAAGAUAAUCAAACUUCUGUCACACAUAAAUGAUCUGCAAGUGUCUAACUGCAUUAUCUCACAUAGACCUACUUGCCAGUAAUUACUUUGUCAAACAAAUAUUUUCAAGGUCAAGAGUGAAUUUUCACAUACAAACUAAAAACAGUUGAUUAAGAGAUGGAGGAAUAUCUAGUAAACAGCCAAAUAAACACCAGCAACAAAAUGUGUUCAUCACAAGAGAAACAGACCUGCAAAAACCUCAAAAGAACUUAUGAUGCAGCUGAGGAGAGUUUCAACGGAAGACAGGAUAAGCAUCAGCCUACCCACACUGUAGAGAAUCUACAUCAGUGUGACCACUGUGAGAAGAGUUUCAGGCUGUCACAGAAUUUGAAAGUUCAUCAGCGUAUCCACACCGGAGAAAAGCCUUAUCUCUGUGACCAGUGUGGGAAGAGUUUCAUGAAGUCAGACUCCUUGAAGAUUCAUCAGCGUAUCCACACUGGAGAAAAGCCUUACCUCUGUGACCAGUGUGGGAAGAGCUUCAUGAAGUCAGAUUCCUUGAAAGUUCAUCAGCGUAUCCACACCGGAGAAAAACCUUACCUCUGUGACCAGUGUGGGAAGAGUUUCAUGAAGUCAGAUUCCUUGAAAGUUCAUCAGCGUAUCCACACCGGAGAAAAACCUUACCUCUGUGACCACUGUGAGAAGAGUUUCAGGCUGUCACAGACUUUGAAGGUUCAUCAGCGUAUCCACACUAGAGAAAAACAUUACCUCUGUGACCAGUGUGGGAAGAGUUUCAUGAAGUCACAUAAUUUGAAGGUUCAUCAGCGUAUCCACACCGGAGAAAAGCCUUACCUCUGUGACCAGUGUGGGAAGAGUUUCACGCAGUCAAAGGAUUUGAAAGCUCAUCAGCGUAUCCACACUGGAGAAAAACCUUACGUCUGUGACCAGUGUGGGAAGAGUUUCACGCAGUCACAGAAUUUGAAGGUUCAUCAGCGUAUCCACACCGGAGAAAAGCCUUACCUCUGUGACCAGUGUGGGAAGAGUUUCACGCAGUCAAAGGAUUUGAAAGCUCAUCAACGUAUCCACACUGGAGAAAAACCUUACAUCUGUGACCAGUGUGGGAAGAGUUUCACGCAGUCAAAGGAUUUGAAAGCUCAUCAGUGUAUCCACACUGGAGAAAAGCCUUACGUCUGUGACCAGUGUGGGAAGAGUUUCACACAGUCACAGAAUUUGAAGGUUCAUCAGCAUAUCCACACCGGAGAAAAGCCUUACCUCUGUGACCAGUGUGGGAAGAGUUUCAGUGUGUUACAGAAUUUGAAGGUUCAUCUGUGUAUCCACACUGGAGAAAAGCCUUACGUCUGUGACCAGUGUGGGAAGAGUUUCACGCAGUCAAAGAAUUUAAAAGCUCAUCAGCGUAUCCACACUGGAGAGAAGCCUUAUGUUUGUGACCAGUGUGGGAAGAGUUUCACGCAGUCAAAGAAUUUAAAAGCUCAUCAGCGUAUCCACACUGGAGAAAAGCCUUACGUCUGUGACCAGUGUGGGAAGAGUUUCACACACUCACAGAAUUUGAAGGUUCAUCAGCAUUUCCACACUACACUAGAAACAACAGUGUAAUAACACAGUGUAGAACCUAUAUCUGAACUGUAUGUAAAGUAAAAGUAAAAAGUAAAGUAGCAGUUAAAA